GUGUAGAGCGGGUAGGGGGGGUCAUAAGGUGAGAAGAGCGGCGUGUGAUAUAAAGAAGAACAAUUCAACCAACAUCGCAACCCAAAUUUAUUUUCGGUCCAGUUGUACAAGCCAAACUCCGCUGGGAAGCAUGGAGAGGAAAAGGUGGGAGUGCUCGGCUCUCCCAAAUGGUUGGAAAAGGGAAGAAGUGACCAGAAAGUCGGGCUUGUCCGCGGGGAAAAGCGAUGUCUAUUAUUUUAGUCCUACGGGAAAGAAAUUUCGGAGUAAACCCCAACUGGCCCGUUAUCUUGGCAACUCCAUGGACCUGAGCACCUUCGACUUUCGUACUGGAAAAAUGAUCAUGAGUAAACUGAACAAAAACAGACAGCGCUUACGCUAUGAGCAAAGUGGUCAGAACAGGGGUAAGCCUGAUUUAAACACUUCUCUACCGGUGCGACAGACAGCAUCUAUCUUCAAGCAACCUGUUACAAAAGUCACAAACCAUCCAAACAACAAAGUGAAGACGGACCCGCAAAAAGCUGUCGAUCAGCCAAGACAGCUUUUCUGGGAGAAGAAGCUAAGCGGACUGAAUGUGUAUGACAUAGCCGAAGAGUUGAUGAAGACCAUGGAGCUUCCCAAAGGCCUUCAAGUGUCCUCCACUGCAGGGGUCGGCCCAGGCUACUCGGAUAAAACGCUCCUGUCUGCCAUCGCCAGCGCCCUGCACACCAGCAGCGCCCCCAUCACAGGCCAGCUAUCUGCUGCUGUGGAGAAAAACCCCGGAGUCUGGCUCAACAGCACGCAGCCCCUCUGCAAGGCUUUUAUGGUGACUGAUGAGGAUAUCAGGAAGCAGGAGGACCUGGUGUACAACGUGAGGAAGCGGUUGGAAGACGCACUUAUGGCAGACAUGCUGGCACAAGUAGAAGAAACCUCCAGUGAUACGAAGUCAGUGAAGGAGGAGACAAACGGCAGCAGUGAAACAGAGACUGUAUAGCCAUAAUUGCAGUGUUCGUCACUUGUGCUGACCUACAGGCCAUGAAAGCUCAUGCUGUCUCUUAUUGGAAAAGUAAUACUUUUGAUACUCUUUUCAGUGACCCUCCAGUUAAAAUGUGAAACGUUGUUUUACGCAGGAAGUUUCUAAGAUCUUUCACAUUUGUAAUAUUUUUUUAAAAAAAAACAACAUUUUGGUUUGUUUUAAAUCCGAGCCAGAUGUGAUGUCUUGCCAUACACCAGCUACAUGCUUUGUUCCUACACACACACAAACAGAGAAUGCACAAAGUGCUAUCUGUAACAGAUCACAUCCUGAUGAGAGCUUUUUGUUAGACUAUGCUAGUAGUUUAUCCAAUCUAUUUUGAUCUAGUGUUUUGUCAACUCAGUAAUACGAUUACACUCAUUAAGGAGUUUUAAACACAGUAACGGUUAGGAUGUUACACAAAAUAUGGGUGUACACAUAUAAUCACUCCCUGUCACUUAACUCUGAAAUAGGUUGACAUCCCUAGAACUAAUCUUUUCAUUAUUGGUGCUUUUUUCCCCAUUGUGCAGAUUCUGACUGCAUGGUGUGUUGUUCUGCUUGUCGUUGAUUUUUUUUUUUUUUUUUUUUAAGGGUUUAGUUAUACAGGGACAAAACAGGAAGUACAGUAAUAUAAGAAAUGCUGGCUCUAAACUUUCUUGAACACAAAGUGUAAAACACAGAGCUCUUACUAGCCCAGCGGCCAGACAGAGACGUGUUAAAACUCUAAAAUAAAUCAGGAACAAAGGGCUCCAGGUGACUCAUUAAGGCUGUUAAUAUGGCAGUUCUUGAACAUACUGCACUUACAACUACUACCAGGAAGAUAUUUAAGUUCUAAAAUCUUUUUUUGAUGUACAGUUCUCUGUGCUUUUAUAAUUCCGACCAAAAAAAAAAUCUGAAUUCAAAUGCAUUUUAUCCAUCUAACAUCAUUUCUUUUCCAUAAUUAGAUUGUUUCUUUUCUAAAAUUUGGGCCUAAAUGUCAAACGGGUUGCUGCUGGACAUUUGCUGUGUUUAAAAACAAAACAAACAAAAAAAAAUUUUUUAUUUUCAUCAUUUGGUGCUGAUAAUUUGAUAGGUCACAUUUUACACAAAAAUAAUGCUUUUACAGGGAUCAUAGUAGAUAAACCAUGAGCUAAGGAACCGUUCUUCUUAUGUUUGUACAAAAAGAGCUACUGUGAGUCGAGUUUAGAAAAGUUUAACUAUGGUUUGACAAGCAUAAAAAUAAAUAUUACUAUUCUAAACAAUGCUGCUUAGCCACAAAAGGCGAAAGAGACAAAAUGCUGAAAAUGGGUACUGCAUUGAUGACCAAAUCUAUGAAGUUAUAAAUGAUUAUUCCCCUUGUCAUUGUCGAGAAAUUGAACAACCCAAGGAAGAACUGUUUUGUUAACUUUUAUUCAGUCACCCAUCUUCACAUUUUAUAUGUAUACAUUGUGUGUGUGUGUUUUUAACAUUUUGUUUGGAAUACAGUUGUUUUCUAUAUAUGCUGUUUGAUGACAUCAAACCUAAAUUAAAUUUUGUACUUUAUAAAGCUAGUUAUUUUGUUUGAUUGGGGAUUCACAUUUAAUAAAUGAACUUUAUAUAGCCUUUGGUGCUUGAUGAUUUGUUUGAAAUGGGCUUACUUUUGUACAUUUGAGUAAUAAAAUUCAUCUUUGAUCUUUUUGAUUAA